AACAGCGGAUACAAAGUGGAGCAGAAACAAAGGAAACGCGCAGUCGGCUUCGUCAACUGGUAUGGUCUUACAGUAUUACAGGGAUGCCCAAGGAAAAAUAUGAUCCGCCAGACCCAAGGCGGAUGUACACUAUAAUGUCAAGCGAGGAGGCAGCUAGUGGGAAGAAGUCGUACUGGGCGGAACUGGAGAUCAGUGGCAAAGUGAGGAGCCUGAGCACAGCGUUGUGGUCUCUUACCCAUCUGACUGCUUUACACAUCAGUGACAACUCCCUCUCGCGCAUCCCUCCAGACAUUGCCAAACUACACAACCUGGUGUACUUGGACCUCUCUUCCAAUAAGAUCAGGAGCUUGCCUGCCGAGCUAGGCAACAUGGUAUCUCUCAGGGAACUGCUUUUAAAUAACAACCAGUUGCGAGUCCUGCCUUUCGAGCUCGGAAAGUUGUUUCAGUUACAAACCUUGGGUUUAAAAGGAAACCCACUUGCACAAGACAUCAUGAACCUCUACCAGGAACCCGAUGGUACGCGCCGGCUCCUGAGCUACCUGCUGGACAAUCUGGCAGGCACCAAGCGCGUGUCCACAGAACAGCCCCCUCCUCGCUCGUGGGUGCAUCUGAAAGAACCUGACAGGACACGACCAGCAGCGUUGUUCUCUGUGAUGUGCUACAAUGUACUGUGCGAUAAGUACGCCACACGCCAGCUCUACGGUUACUGCCCUUCCUGGGCUCUGAACUGGGAGUACAGGAAAAAGUCCAUCAUGCAAGAGAUCCUCAGCUGCAGUGCAGAUAUCAUCAGCCUGCAGGAAGUGGAGACGGAGCAGUACUACAACUUUUUCCUAGUGGAGCUCAAAGAGCACGGAUAUGAGGGUUUCUUCAGCCCCAAGUCUCGAGCAAGGACCAUGUCCGAGUCUGACCGCAAACACGUGGACGGCUGUGCCAUCUUCUAUAAGACCGAGAAGUUCAGCCUCGUGCAGAAACACACAGUGGAGUUUAACCAGCUGGCCAUGGCUAACUCGGAGGGCUCUGAGGUCAUGUUGAACAGGGUGAUGACCAAGGAUAACAUUGGGGUUGCUGUGCUCCUGGAGCUUCGCAAAGAGAUGAUUGAGCAAUCUGCAGGAAAGCACUUGCCUAGUAUGGAGAAGCAGCUGCUGUUGAUGGCUAACGCUCACAUGCACUGGGACCCGGAGUACUCGGACGUAAAGCUCGUCCAGACCAUGAUGUUCCUGUCAGAAGUGAAGAACAUCGUGGAUAAGGCCACACGCAGCCUCAAGCUCUCCUCUGUGUCGGGGGAGACCAACGCCAUCCCUCUUGUCCUGUGUGCUGACCUCAACUCGCUGCCUGACUCGGGUGUGGUGGAGUACCUGAGCACAGGGGGUGUGGACAGCACUCAUAAGGACUUCAAGGAGCUGCGCUAUAUCGACUGCCUGACCAACUUUAACUGUAACGGCAAGAACGGCACAUCCAGCAGCAGGAUCACGCACGGCUUCAAGCUAAAGAGUGCCUACGAGAACGGCCUGAUGCCUUAUACCAACUACACCUUCGACUUCAAGGGCGUGAUCGAUUACAUCUUCUACUCUCAGCCUCUGCUGAACGUGCUGGGUGUCCUCGGCCCACUGGACCCCCAUUGGCUCCACGAGAACAAUAUCACUGGCUGCCCGCACCCUCACAUCCCCUCCGAUCACUUCUCCUUGUUUGCACAACUUGAGCUGCUCCUGCCCUUUGCAUCUUUGGUCAACGGUCUCCACGUGCCUGGCUGCAGGUAGUUCUCCGAGCUCCGAGGCAGCUUCCGGCCCGCCUCACACCUCACCCUCUGCAGGGAGAGAGAGAGAGGGAGGGAGGGAUGGAAAGAGGCAAAGCCUGUUGUGUACAAAUCUCAGUCCAGUAGGAGGAGUUGGGGUAUGGCUAAACUUUUAUUACUGAUGGAUUUUAACUGACGCAGACGUUUGUCAGUCUUAUCUGUACCAGUACCACCCCGUUUUCUUUCUUUCUUUCUUUUUUGGUUCUUUUUCUGGGCACAAGUACAAUGUUUUCUCUACUUUUUUUUCCACACUGUAUCCCAAACCCAGAUGGUUCUGAGUAUACCUUGUAUAUUUUACCUGAAGACAAUGGUCGACGCUUUUAUAUAUAUUUAAAAAAAAAAAAUUAUAAAUGGCAAUACCUUUUCAGACGCAAGCAGGGAGUCCAGACCAAGCAAGUUCAUCAGAUUUUCUAUUUUGGUCCAUGCUAAUUUUUUUUCUGAGGCCAGUUCAGAGCGAGCAGCUAAAUCUGAUAGGAAUCGUUGAUCACACCAGCUUUUAGAGCAACGAUCACUUCGACAUUCACAUCCUACCAUAAACGCCCUUGUUAGCGAAAGGGCUUUUUAAACGUGUGCAGAGAACGAGAGCAGGUCACUCUCUCUCACUUGUGCAUUCACCAUGGUGCUGAGGCAUCUUCUAGCGCAGCAGCUGAGCGCGGUGUAUUCCAGUUUGAUUUGAUUCACCAGCCUCAGAGACUCGACUCGACACGCCACCGGACCGCGUCCAUCUCGGUGCAAUCGGUUUAACUAAGAGCUGCAGUUUAACGAAGUCAGCCCCACCCAGUGUUUUAAUCCCAUUUAGUGUAGAGUUUUUCAAAGCCCAAAGCCUUGAUGCGGACAGCAUCAGCAGUGUCCGAGGUGAGAGAGUAGCAGGAGAAGGGAACGGCGCCGUGUUUUGGCGUGGACAGGUUGAAUUUGGAACGCACUCCAGCCACCCCCUCAGUCUGACCAGUGCAUUGCGUUAUCUAUCUAACAAAUUGCUUGAUCAUUUUCUUUUAAUUGCACAUGAUUGUAUUGUAACGACAGAGUCCUAACCUUUUUAGUGUACAUACGACAGAUUCAGAUUUGAGCACGCAAAUGAUUGUAUUGUAAAUGAAAGCGAAGUUUCUAUCCGUUUUCUGAUGUAUUGAACAUGCAAAAUGACCAGCAUGGGGGCUAUACAAGAGCAAGAAACCAAUUUUUUUUUUCUUCUUCUCCUCCUCCUUUUGGCUGUAUAAAUUUGCACUUGUCCAAAAAAAAAAAAAAAAUUUCUCCUGUCCUUCCUUCGUUUCAUGUUCCUUGUAACAUUGUGCCUCACUGCUCCUUUCCUGCAAGCACACUGCCACUUCUUCUUCUUCUUCUUCUUCUUCUCCUUCAUCAUCUUCUCUCCUGGAUAACCUUGAACAUUUCCUGAGCAACAGGUCUCUUCCCCCCCCCCAAUAAUGAUAUAGCUGUUUGACUCUCUUCACUUCUUCUUCUUCUCCCUUUUUUUUUUUCCCCUUCUCUCCCCGCCCAAAACAUGUUGUGCAAUGUCUGAUUGAUUAAGCCCCCGUUCACAUUUACUGCCACUUCUUCCUCCUGCUCAACUCAGGCGAAUUAUUAUUAUUUUUUUUUUUCUUAUUUUCAGGUUGUGUGGGUUUUUUUUUUUUCCUCCUUCCCCCCCUCCUCGCCCUCUAAAACCGUGUCCAGUUUGAUCUUGAGCUUCCCUCACAGCCGUCUGCUCUCUUGUGUUGUGCCAUCUGAUGCAUUUUGCUGCAAAGCCAAGUGUAAAGCUCUUCAUCUACUACUGUAAAACAAAUACGGCAGCAACGUCGUUCACGCUGCGUCUGCUCUCGGCCAGAGUUCCGCGUACGUCGCGUGGUCCAGUCUUGUUGGUUUUCUAACCAUCAACCCAUGAUUAAUGUAACUGAUAUGUGCUCACAAGGCCAAUCUAUCUUCCUUUUUUUUUUUUUUUUGAUAAAUGUUUUUCCUCCUCGUUAAGUUCAUGUUUUAAAAACAAUGGAUUGACAAGCACUUAUUGUGUAUCACUAGUGCAGCUACCCAUUUCCCCACCCCCUUUUUUCUUUUCUUUUUUUUUUAAACAAACAAAAAAAAAAAAGACACUUUUGUCCCAUGAGGCAGAAGUCGGUUUUAAUGACUUUGACUGAGCAGUGCUUACGGCAUUAUAAGAUGGACCACCGGUCUCACUGCCAGUGUCUGUUUUAAUUUCUUCCUCCUUCUCAAUCUUUCACCCAUCCUUCUUUGGGUUUUUUUUUUUCUUUCCUCCUUUUAAUCAAAAGCAUCUUGUCUGGUUAUUAUAUCAGAUUGCUCAUGGUGUUGUAGCUAAAAAGAGAGAUUUUGAGUUUUUUUUUUUUUUGUAAAGUGUGAAUAAAUUGUGUAUCUCAUUUCCUUUCUUUGACAUGAAUUGUGUUGUAUGUAUCAUGAUUUUUUUUUGUCUUUGUUUUAAAUUUUUUUUUUUUUUGUAAUACUCAAAACCAAAUUUUUUUGUAAAGAUGUUGGCACACUGAAUAUUAUAGAUUUGUAUGGUUGCUAACUUUCACUUCAAGAUACUUUUAAGGAAAAAAAAAUACUUCAGUGAAAUCUAGAGAAAAGUCACAGAGAAAUAAAGAGCUGUCAUUUGUCACCAAAUGCGAUAUCUUAAAGCUUUAUGUGACCUUUCGUCUGGUUUUGGGAAGAAUAUAUAUAAUAUAUAUUCGAUUAGUUUCGGGGAAGCGUAGAUGCAGCACUGCCCUCGUUUCCUGUUGUCUUUCCUGGUUUCUUCGUCUUUUGGUAGUUUCACAAGUUCUCACCGGAGGAAAGGUGUUAAAGGUUCGAAUGUAGGAGGCAGUGCAGACGUGUCUGUCCUCCUCAUUCGACACUGACACACACAACACACAACACUCUCUCUCUCUCUCUCUCUCUCUCUCUCUCUCUCUCUCUCUCUCUCUCUCCUGGUUGUCCUCCUUUUGUUCUGUACUUUUUUCUUCAGCUCAUGAAAAGCCAGUCACUUCUGAGACAAGUGAGAGAUUUUUCCUUAUUUAUUUAUUUUCCUUUUCUUUUCUCUCCGUCUCCUCAAUCUGACUCGGCAUCAUGCCGCCAUGUCACCAUCCUCAAAUCAUGGCAAUAAUAUUUUCCCUGAAUGCACUUGUUUCAAACCUUUUCAACCCUUUUGCCUUCUCUGAAAUGUCUGGCUUUUACCAUUCCUUUUCCCAUUGGCUUUUUCUUUCUUGCUCUCGUCAGUAGGGUUCGUCAUGCAAUGGUAGGGAUUGGGUUUGGAGUUGAUUUGAGCUGGAAGUCAAAAAGUAUUUAGGAAAUGUCACUAUAUGAUGCACUGGACCAACUCUUGUUUACCAUUUAUGGAAUACCAGCAAAACACUUGCACAAUGUUUUAAAAAGAAUGUUAAAUAUAUAAAUAUAUAUAUGAAGAAAUAAUAUAGAUAUGAAAAAAUAAUGGCAGCUGUUUUUAUUCUAAUAUUAGGAAGUGUUUUAAAAGAGGAAAAAAAAAAAAGCCCUAAUGGUAAACAAGGCGUUUUGGAUUUUAUUUUAUUUUUCUUCCUGUUCUCUUGGUUCUUCUCUUCUGAGUAGUGGUGUGUUUAUAACAGGGUCAGCUUGUUUCCUCGACACCUCUGUAUUUUUUUCCUACCCAUCGUCAAAUAAAUUCUACAUCUGUUUCAAA